AUGUCGCCGAUAUUUUGCGAGAAGCUGCUUCUUCUGGAAGCAUGCCUUAUCCUUGGAGUCUUACAAAAGUUGUUAUUGCAGGGCAAAUAUACGAGGCCGCCUAUAACGCUGCAGCGUUUAUGCGAAGUGGUAUUGAAGCCUCCUCAUCGCGAACUGGAGAAAUUUUAUUUUAUAAUUAGAAAGCUACUCCGCGUUCGCGACUGCAGCGACGAAGCACCUUUGAGGGUUUUGUUUCCUCUUGACUCUUCGCUUUCCCAGCGCCUCGCUGAGGCAAACGCUGUAUCGGAGAAGCUAAGGAAUGCCUCAGCGGCUUUGUUUGGUGGGCGCGUUAGGGUUUGUGGAUCAGGUAUCGGAGAAGCUAAGGAACAAAGAGGCUACUGCGGCUGUGCGUGCUGCGGGGAUUGGCUAGCAGAGCUGUUGCAGCAGCAGCAGCAGCAGCAACAGCAGCAGCAGCAGCAGCUGGAGUCGCGAAGAAGCGUCUCCGAAACAGAGUCUGAUUCCGCUAGCUGCGGGUUGAAGAGGCCGGAGGGCAGCGGUUUUAACAUGCGGUGGCAGCUCCGUUCUCUAGGUCGAGACCCCAGCUCGCCAGGGCCGGAGGAGGUGUCGCGGGUCUUAAAGAAUUUAAUCGAGAAGAACCUCGCAAACCACCAGGAGGCGUCAGCUGAGUGCUUUUGCUGGCUGCUGCAGCAGCAGCAGCAACAGCAGCAGCAGCAGCAGCAUCAACAACACUAUGAACUGCAAGGACAGCGCCAGCAGGAGCAGCGGCAACAACAACAACAGCAGCAGCAGCAUCAGCACCAGCACCAGCAGCAGCAGCAGCAACAGCAGCAGCAGCGCGAAGUGAAGCAACGCCGGCGGCCAUCAUAG